AUGGCCUUUGAUUCCAUUGCUAUGCGUCUGCUCGACUACAUCAGUGGCCUUAACCUCCCACAUCUCUCUGUGGUUCUCCUCCACGUCCUCCGGCGUCCCCUUCCUCUCCCUCUGAGCGCUCUGCUCCUCAUUCUGCUCUCGGUCUCCCGCUAUCGCGUCCAGCUGUGGCCCUCACAGGGCGCGCUCGCUGGCUCUCACCUGACAGGUCCCUGGCCUCAGGACGACAGCCAGCACCAACACGUUCCCUACAUGAGGGACAAAGCGACGCAGACCCCCAGGGCCUGGGCAGAUGAGAGGAGGAGGGGCUCUCACAAACGCUCGGCCUCCUGUGGGAGCACUGACCAGCUCAAGGAGAUUGCCAAAUUGCGUCAGCAGCUUCAGCGUAGCAAACGCAGCAGCCGCCAUCGGAGGGAUAAAGACCGCAAGUCCCCAUUCAAUGGCAGCCACACCAUCAUCCAGUCGCAGUCACCUAUGCCCAAGACCAUUCUGAUACCCAUCCCUAUAUCCAAGUCAUCGGCCCCUCGUUUCCGCAACAGCGUGGAGGGCCUCAACCAGGAGAUCGAACGCAUCACCAUCCAAGACACCCCUGAAAAGGACGAGACCAUCGUUCCGCAGGAUGUCCCAGAUGGGCACCGUGCACCCCCACCCGUCCCCCCACAGCGCAGCAGCAGCACCCGCAGCAUUGACACACAGACUCCCUCAGGGGGCGGACUGAGCGGUAACCAUAGCAACUGCAGUAGCCGUCCCGACUCCAUCUCGCCCUCCUACCUCACCGUCCUCAACGACACGGGUGGAGGCAGCCCCUAUGAGGACAAAGAGCUGGGCCCCUACUCCCCGCUGCCUAAAUACGCCGCCUCUCCCAGACCCAACAACAGCUACAUGUUCAAGAGAGAACCUCCAGAGGGCUGCGAGAAGGUCAAAGUGUCCGAGGAGUCCAUGCCCAAACCUCUGCAGGAGAUCCCUCCCUUCCUGUGUCCCGACCGCAACAAGGUCAACUUCAUCCCCAACAGCGGCUCUGCCUUCUGCCUCGUCAGCAUCCUCAAGCCCUUACUCCCCGCCCCGGACCUCAACUUUCGCCCCGGGGUGGGCCUCCGAAGCCUGUCCCCAUCCCUCGUGCCUCUGUCCACCCAGCCCUGCCUCCUGGAGGAGCCUGAGAGCUUCUGACGGGGCUUUAAGUCACCACAGCCCCCAAAAGAACCCCCCACUAAAUCAGAAAACAUUUGAAACUAGGAAACAACCCUUCUGCUCCAAAAACAAAUGCCUUCAGCAUGCCAGCUAAGCUCUCUCUGAUGUCCUAAUCUUGUUGAAAAAGCGCUUCCCACUGCCUCUCCUCCUCAGACGACUACAACGUGAGAGUCCUGCAGCCCUGUGCGGGUGUUUGCAGCUAACAUUUCAUCGCUUUCUUCUACCUUUAGUGCUGGUUAUGUUCCUAUUUUUGGGAGGAAAAGGGCGAAAGGACAGACUCUUUUAUUUCAUCGUAUUAUACCAUGGCGCCUUUCCACGGACAUAUCUCUUUUUCUAUCUGUAGUUAUUUCUCUUGAUAUGAAAUAUGCCUUCCAUUACAAAAACAAAGGCCGCUGGUUUCCCUGGCGACCAAGAGUUUGACCACGGAGGCUAAUUUUGGUGCUGCCAGAUAUAUCGUAGCAAAACUUGAACGGUCGUGACAAGGAGAAGUUAAAAAUGUGCCUGAUAUCUUAGACCGCUCAGUUUCGCUAAACCAGCAUAGUGCUCUGAUCAUGUUGGUUUCUUUAGCAUGACACACAUGAUGUUUGCACUAUGAUGGCCAUAGAUACAUACAGAAAGGCAGGGACAAGCAAAAAAUAUACAAGUAAGGUGGUACACAACCCACGCUCAGAAACAGUAUAUAUUUAGAGCAUCUGUGAAAUAAAUCCAGACAUCUGUUUUGUACUUUUAUCAACCAUUUACAAUGAAAGCUGACUGUAAAGUGGUACAAGCUGAUGCCUUUGUUACACUAACUGGUAGCAGUGAGCCGGUCCCCUGCUGGGCGGUGUGUAUCUAUGGGAAACACAGGCCAGGGCUAUGAUGUGUGCAGCGUGUUCAACCUGUGUCUGCUUGCCCCUCCUUCCCAAGCGCCAGCCUUUGCUCAAAUUGUCCCUUUUUACUCCACCACCAUCACCCCACCCCCUCCCCUCCCUUCUGUUCCUCCUUUUUCCACCUCUUUCUCUCCUUUUCUUUCCCACUGUAUUGCUGAUUUCCUUCUGUCUUGCUCAGCUAGUGUUGUUGUGAAAUGUGUCCAAAAGGGCCUCGUCCUUGCAGGACAGGGCUUGUAGGGCCCUGAGCAUGGAAAGGUUGGUGAACCCAAAUACUACACUGCAGACCAUGAUGGUAGAUGGAGUUCUACCAAUUGGCUACAACCUACCUACUGGUUUUUGUUUUUUUUAACUGUGAUUCUUGGAGUCAGCACGGAAAGUCUUACGUAACAAUGGAUUGAUAUUGCUCUUUAUUACUACAUUUCAAUAAAGUCUCCACAUCAGUCCACA